AUGUUUAGAAAUUGCCAAAGUCUGGAUGCCAAUCUCGCAUCUGUGCACAGUAAAGCGGAACAGGAUUUUCUGCUGAGUCUGUUGCCUUCUUCUUCCACACGUUGUUGGAUUGGUUGUCAAGAUGGUGUACAAGAAGGACAGUGGGUGUGGAGUGAUGGAACUCCCUACGACUUUACCUACUGGGGCUCCGGAGAACCUAACAAUCUGGGUACUGAGAAUUGCGGGGAGCUCAACUGGAGCUCUAACCGUUGGAAUGAUGCAGCCUGUUCAACUUCCCUGAGCUAUGUUUGUGCUAAAGACCUGUGAGAUCUACAGUCAUCCUGCUCCACAGUUACUUGAUUGUACUACAUUUACAUGUUCUAAUCUUAUCUUUACAAAAACUGUUGUUCUUUUCAAAUUGGUCUUCAAAUCAAUAAAAAAAGCAUUGAAAAAUCA